GAUUGGUCGCGGUGCUUGCCCGCUGUCAGUCGGUGCCGGCCGGGGCGGCGGCGGCGGCUCCGCGAUGGCGGCGGGCGCGGGGCUCCCGGUGAGGGCGGAGCGGCGCGGAGCCCGCCCGGGAGGGCGGCCGGGGGUCGCCAUGGCCACGGAGCGCAGGUGAGCCCCCGGCCAUGGCGGCGCUGGGCAGCCCCGAGGCCGCCCCGGGGGGGCCCCUGGGGGGGUCCCUUGGGGGGUCCCCGGGGGGGUCCCCGGGGGCCGAGCCCGACGCGCUGAGCCCCGACGAGCUGCAGCUGCUGGCCAAGCUGGAGGAGCAGAACCGGCUGCUGGAGGCCGACUCCAAGUCGCUGCGCUCGGUGAACGGCUCGCGGCGCAACAGCGGCUCCUCGCUGGUGUCCAGCUCCUCGGCCUCGUCCAACCUCGGCCACCUGGAGGAGGACACCUGGAUCCUCUGGGGCCGCAUCGUCAACGAGUGGGACGAGUGGAGGAAGAAGAAGGAGAAGCUGCUCAAGGAGCUGAUCCGGAAGGGCAUCCCGCACCACUUCCGAGCCAUCGUGUGGCAGCUGCUGUGCAGCGCGGCCGAGCUGCCGCUCAAGGCGCAGUACUCGGAGCUGCUGCGCAGGAGCUCGCCCUGCGAGCGCCUCAUCCGCCGCGACAUCGCCCGCACCUACCCCGAGCACGACUUCUUCAAGGGCCAGGACAGCCUGGGCCAGGAGGUGCUCUUCAACGUCAUGAAGGCCUACUCCCUGGUGGAUCGCGAGGUUGGGUAUUGCCAGGGCAGCGCCUUCAUCGUGGGACUGCUGCUCAUGCAGAUGCCCGAGGAGGAGGCGUUCAGCGUCUUCGUGCGCCUCAUGCAGGAGUACCGCCUGCGCGAGCUCUUCAAGCCCAGCAUGGCCGAGCUGGGGCUCUGCAUCUACCAGUUCGAGUUCCUGCUGCAGGAGCAGCUGCCGGAGCUGAACGUGCACUUCCGCUCGCAGAGCUUCCUCACCUCCAUGUACGCCUCGUCCUGGUUCCUCACGCUCUUCCUCACCACCUUCCCCCUGCCCGUGGCCACGCGCGUCUUCGACAUCUUCAUGUACGAGGGGCUGGAGAUUGUGUUCCGCGUGGGGAUGGCCCUGCUGCAGUUCAACCAGGCCGAGCUGGUGCAGCUGGACAUGGAGGGCAUGUCCCAGUACUUCCAGAAGGUGAUCCCUCACCAGUUCGACUCGUGCCCCGACCAGCUGAUCCUGCGCGCCUGCCAGGUCAAGUACAACCCGCGCAAGAUGAAGAGGCUGGAGAAGGAGUACGCCGCGCUCAAGAGCAAAGAGAUGGAGGAGCAGAUCGAGAUCAAGCGGCUCCGCUCCGAGAACCGCCUGCUCAAGCAGCGCAUCGAGACCCUGGAGAAGGAGAGCGCGGCUCUGGCCGAUCGCCUCAUCCAGGGCCAGGUGACGCGGGCGCAGGAGGCCGAGGAGAACGACGUCAUCCGGCGGGAGCUGGCGCUGGUGCGGCAGCGCUGCAGCUCGGCCACCGAGAGCCUCAGGAGGGCCCAGAGCACCAUCAGGGAGCUCCAGGGUAACCCCCGGCUGAGCGAGGAGUUCGUGGCGCACCUGGAGACGGAGCUGGAGCGGUCGCGGCUGCGCGAGAGCGAAACCCUGGGGGCCCUCAAGGAGAUGCAGGACAAGGUCCUGGACAUGGAGAAGCGUCAGCCGCUGCUGCCGGACGAGUCCAGCGUGGUUCGGCUGCAGGAGGAGCUGCAGGAGCUGGCCCUGAGGGACAUCGGGGACAUCGGGGACAUCGGGGACAUCGGGGACAGCUGGCAGGUGUGCGGGGGCCGCUGGAAGGAGCCGCGGGGGCUGCACGGGGCCGUGCUGGGGGCGCAGCUCCGCGAGAGCCAGGCCCAGGCGGAGCUGAGAGCGCUGAGACAGAGAGUGCUGCACCUGGAGACACAGGGGAGGAUCCAGCAGUCGGUGUUGGGCCGUGCCGAGCAGGCCUGCGCCGGGCUGCGGGAGCAGCUCCGCGCCGCGGCCGCGCAGAGCCAGGGGCUGCAGGCGCAGCUCAGCGAGAGCCACCGCAAACACCACGAGGCACAGUGCAAGAGCAAGGAGGAGGUGAUGGCCGUGCGGCUGCGCGAGGCCGACAGCAUGGCCGCCCUGGCCGAGAUGAGGCAGCGCGUGGCCGAGCUCGAGAUCCAGCGGGAGGAGGGGCGGCUGCAGGGACAGCUGGAGCACUCGGACACGGCGCGGUACAUCCGGCACCUGCAGGGCCACAUCCGGCGGCUCAAGGCCGAGGUCCGGCUGCUGCGGGGGCCGCUGUCCUUCGGCGCGGUGGCCUUGGGGACACGCCUGGGGGACGAGGACUCGCUGGGCUCCUCGGACGAGGAGCUGCCCCCGCCCUUCGCCCUGGCCCCGGGGGACACCGGGGACACCGGGGACACCGGGGACAGCAGCGACAGCGAGCCCGAGGUGGCACCCACGGCACCGUGACCCGCUGGGGACACUGGGGACAGCCCGAGGUGGCACCCACGGCACCGUGACCCCCAGGGGACAUUGGGGACAGCCUGAGGUGGCAGUGACAGCACAGGGGACACGGGACACUGGGGACAGCUGGAGGUGGCACCGAUGGCACCGUGACCUGAGGGGACAUCAGGGACACUGGGGACAUCGGGGACAUUGGGGACAGUGAGCCCAAGGUGGCACCCAUGGCACCGUGACCGGAGGGGACAUCGGGGACAUUGGAGACCUUGGGGACAUUGGGGACAGCAGUGACACUGAGCCUGAGGUGCCACCCAUGGCACUGUGACCCAGGGGGACCUUGGGGACACUGGGGACAGCCCGAGGUGACACCCAGGGACCCACAGAGACACUGGGGACAGGCCAGGGGACAGUGGGACACCUGUGGGUGCUGUGGCACCUGGGGACAUCCCGGGUCCCUGUGGCACUUUGGGGACACCUGUGACACCUGAGGGACACCCAGGGGACACCGAGGGACAUUCAGGGGACACUGAGGGGCACCAAGGGACACCCAGGGGACACCGAGGAACGUUCAGGGGACACCGAGGGACAGUCCUGGCCUGGCUGAUCCUGAACAUGGAGAGAUCCCGGGACAGGGACAGGGACUGAGGGGACAGGGACAGGGACAGGGACAGGGACAGGGA